GGUAAGAGCAGGGAAAUAACCGGGUAUCCUUUCGGGAGCGGGAUUUAUAAGAUGAUGGAACGAAAUAUGCUGUCGCUCAGCCAUCCUUCGGUUGUUGCUCCCUAGUUUUGGCGUAGUAAGCUGCCUCGUGAUGUGUGCCACAAUGGCUUCUCAAGACAGAGCCACACCUGCUGUGGCAAAAGGGACCGGAUUCUGGCAUGCACCCAUCAUAACCAAAUACAGCAAAGAAACACAGGAGUUAUUGAAAGUGAUGAUGCAAGAAUCCAGACUAACAAACUUCCAGCAACGUCAUCUUGGAAACUGCAUGAAACGAGGUGCUUCACUACCUCUCCACUGCAACCCAACAUCCAGCAAAGAGCCACAACUUCCAGAGCCUUUUUCUUCAUCACCAAAGGUUUUUUUGUCAAUCAGCCCAUGUGCCAGACCCCACCUCCGCCCUGCUGAGGUUUGCCAGGCAGGUGAUGCCUAUACCCGAGAGAGAUUCAGACCGCAAGCCACCCGAGACCUGGAAAAGGAGAAGGAAAGACUCCAAAAUAUCUUCGCAAAAGGAAAAGAUAAAGUGGAGGGAAAGGUCCAGAAGAAGUCAGUUAAGGUGGAAGAGGUGGUACUGGAACCUGACCGGUUUGAAGAAUUGGUGAAAGAAGUUGAAGAUCGGAAGAAAUUUAUGUCAGAAAUGGAGGCUCUGGGACACAGCAAGUUGUACCAAGGGAUCAUACUCACUGAAAUAUCACAGAAACUACGGGAGAUGGAAAUAAUUGAUAAGCAGAGAACUGCAAAAGUGAGAGAGUCUUCAGAUAUCGGCAACAUGCCUGAUCCUGAAAGCCGAGGUCAAGAGUAAUAGCCCUUUCCCUCUCCAGAAUGUGACCAUUGCAUCCUUUUGCUAUCUCAGGGUUAAGCCUCUGCAGAAGACAGUAUCCAGAAUGCUGGUGGUGCUAUCCAAAGCUUUUGGCAGAAGACAAUUACAAAAGGGUUUGAGCUGCUACUUUUUUUUUUUGGUUGUUGUUUUGCUUCAUGGGAAACAGGAAAUUGGGAUCAUACCAUUCCUGGCCUUUAACAGCUAGGUGGUUGCUGAAUAGAACUAGCUGAGGGCAUAACAGUACUUUCCCUCUAAGCUUGACUAGCAAGGGCUGAAAGAAAAUUUAUAGUGUUGUCUGCUACUUCAGAGGGAGACUAAGAUUAAAGGAAAAUUAAUUUGGAGUGCAUAGCUGAAACUUCAGUGUCCUCCAUUUUCCACUCCACGAAAAUGUCUUUAAAUGGAUACGCCAUAUUUGCCAGAUCACAGAAAUAAACAUGCUAACAAAUGGUAAA